AUGACAGAGGUUAUGAUUAAAAACCCCACUGCAAAGUUUCAUAAACUUAACUACAUUAUAAUAUUAACACUUACUAUUAUCAUCACCUUACCUACAAUCUUUAGUGAUCAAGGUGUUAAUUGGGAUAUAACUUAUCUAUUAAAUCGUCGUUAUGAUAUAGCACGUGCUGAUGAAGAAUUCCCUAUCAAAAUUCAACCACCUUCAGGUGAUCUUUUAUAUAGUGUACCAGCAUUACGUUUAUUUCCACAAUCAAAAUUACCAAAUGAAACAUUUUUUAUUCAUUUAAUAUUCAAACCAAAUAAAACAGCUAUUCAACAUGGAUUAUAUUUAUUCAGUAUACGUGAUCCAGAUAAUGUAUUAAGACUUGGAUUAAAAAUAGUUGAAUACACUACCUAUCAGAUAAUUUUUACGUAUAAUCCACUAUCAUUUAAUGGUAAUUCAAAAGAAGUGGAAUUCUCCAUCCCAUGGAAUGAUGAUUAUUGGCAUUUGGGAAUAUUAAUUAAACCAGAUCAAAUUGACUUCUAUACAUCAUGUGAAGAAACUCAAAGGAUCGCUUAUCAUUUCUAUCCAAUUCAAGGUUUACUAGGUGAACCAUUAUUCCGUAAAGGUGCAACAUUUUAUGCACUUAAUAGUGGCUUAAAGAAUGCAUCUGAAUAUUUUGAGGGUUAUUUAAAAGCUUUCAGUUUUCAUUCAGAUGAAAAUGCUCUCCGAUAUAUGUGUACCAAAUCGGAAAAUUAUGAAGGAAGUGGUGAUGCAGAUCGUUUUAAAUAUGAUCCCGAAUUCGGAAAUAUAUUAAUUACUAGCUCAAUACAAGACGAUGAAGAGAAGGAGAUUACAAUAGACAAUGAAGAUUAUGAAAGUGGAAAACAAGAGAAUAAAGAGGAAAUGACAACAGAAACAGACAACAAAGAAAUGGUAACGACCGAGAAAACUGACAUGAAACUGAGAACGGAAUAUAAAUAUAGAUAUAUAAUGAAAGACCCAGGAACAGGAGGUCUAGUCGACAUACAAGAUAUGAAGAAAAAUGUCGUCAUAAACGGAGCUAUAAAACUAACAGAUGAAUUAGCCGUUCUACCAAACGGAGAUAUUGUAGCAACGAAGCCGCUCAUUGAAAACCAACGUUUCAUCAUAGCUGAAAAUAUAAGUCAAAUAAGUGACAGAAAGGUUUAUGGAACACACAGCGGAGAAGUGAUUGAAGGAGCAGAAGUAGAUGACAAAGGAAUAAUACAUUUACCCAAUUCGACACUUGCGAUAAUGGUUUCACUCGACAAGGAUCGAUAUGUCAUAUUGCACAAUAACAAAACACAGAGAGAAUCAAUAUUUGACCGACGCCUCGGAACAGAACUAGUAAAUGCCACGCUCCACCAUAAUGGAAUGAUCAAAUUAGCCACUGGACAGCUCGUAGCUCCCUCCUCUCGAGAAGGCUAUAAAUACAUGGUAGUCACAAAUGAAGACGACCAAACCCUUCUAGUUUACGAUCGUUUUACAGGAGAACAGAUCAAGGGUGCACAGGUUGAUCCCAAUGGUUUGAUUCAGUUUGAAGAUGGACGCAUGGCCAUCGAGCCAUCAUCCAAACUAGAUAGAUAUGUUAUAAUGACGGACCCAAACAACGGUGAAAAACUAGUUUUCGACAGACGAACAGGUAGUCAUAUCAAGGAUGCUGUGUACAGUGAAGAUGGGUUGAUUCGCUUUCCAGACGGUAGGCGCGUUGCACCAGGUUCCACUGAUAACAGCUCACAGUAUCUAAUUCACUUCGACCCUACAACGAAGGAGAACUUGGUUUUUGACAGGCAUACUGGUGAACAAGUCGAGGGUGCCUCAGUAGACUCACGAGGUUUCAUACUUCUUCCCGAUGGUAAAUUGCAUCUAGAUCAGAACCAAGUAAAGCAUAGGUACAUUGUCCUACGGGAGACAACCGAUAAUAUCACAUUCGUAGUCGACACUAAAUCAGGCCAGAAAAUUGAUGGAGCAGUUGUUUUGGACAAUGGUCUCGUCAAGCUACCCGAUGGAAAUCUGGUUGCACCCAGCUCAAACACAAGCGCAAAUUACAUGGUGGUCGAAUUGACUGAGGGCGAAGAGAAUCCAGUAGUAUUCGAUCGCAGGACAGGUGAGCAAAUCCCAGAUGCUUACCUAGACAAGGAUGGUAUCAUACAUUUGCCGGAUGGAAGUUUGGCUAUCUCGGCAUCAGAAACUAUGGAUCGCUACCUUGUGGCACAAGAUAACCUGACAGGAGACCCUGUGAUGUUUGAUCGUCGCCUCGGAACAGAACUAGUAAAUGCCACGCUCCACCAUAAUGGAAUGAUCAAAUUAGCCACUGGACAGCUCGUAGCUCCCUCCUCUCGAGAAGGCUAUAAAUACAUGGUAGUCACAAAUGAAGACGACCAAACCCUUCUAGUUUACGAUCGUUUUACAGGAGAACAGAUCAAGGGUGCACAGGUUGAUCCCAAUGGUUUGAUUCAGUUUGAAGAUGGACGCAUGGCCAUCGAGCCAUCAUCCAAACUAGAUAGAUAUGUUAUAAUGACGGACCCAAACAACGGUGAAAAACUAGUUUUCGACAGACGAACAGGUAGUCAUAUCAAGGAUGCUGUGUACAGUGAAGAUGGGUUGAUUCGCUUUCCAGACGGUAGGCGCGUUGCACCAGGUUCCACUGAUAACAGCUCACAGUAUCUAAUUCACUUCGACCCUACAACGAAGGAGAACUUGGUUUUUGACAGGCAUACUGGUGAACAAGUCGAGGGUGCCUCAGUAGACUCACGAGGUUUCAUACUUCUUCCCGAUGGUAAAUUGCAUCUAGAUCAGAACCAAGUAAAGCAUAGGUACAUUGUCCUACGGGAGACAACCGAUAAUAUCACAUUCGUAGUCGACACUAAAUCAGGCCAGAAAAUUGAUGGAGCAGUUGUUUUGGACAAUGGUCUCGUCAAGCUACCCGAUGGAAAUCUGGUUGCACCCAGCUCAAACACAAGCGCAAAUUACAUGGUGGUCGAAUUGACUGAGGGCGAAGAGAAUCCAGUAGUAUUCGAUCGCAGGACAGGUGAGCAAAUCCCAGAUGCUUACCUAGACAAGGAUGGUAUCAUACAUUUGCCGGAUGGAAGUUUGGCUAUCUCGGCAUCAGAAACUAUGGAUCGCUACCUUGUGGCACAAGAUAACCUGACAGGAGACCCUGUGAUGUUUGAUCGUCGCCUCGGAACAGAACUAGUAAAUGCCACGCUCCACCAUAAUGGAAUGAUCAAAUUAGCCACUGGACAGCUCGUAGCUCCCUCCUCUCGAGAAGGCUAUAAAUACAUGGUAGUCACAAAUGAAGACGACCAAACCCUUCUAGUUUACGAUCGUUUUACAGGAGAACAGAUCAAGGGUGCACAGGUUGAUCCCAAUGGUUUGAUUCAGUUUGAAGAUGGACGCAUGGCCAUCGAGCCAUCAUCCAAACUAGAUAGAUAUGUUAUAAUGACGGACCCAAACAACGGUGAAAAACUAGUUUUCGACAGACGAACAGGUAGUCAUAUCAAGGAUGCUGUGUACAGUGAAGAUGGGUUGAUUCGCUUUCCAGACGGUAGGCGCGUUGCACCAGGUUCCACUGAUAACAGCUCACAGUAUCUAAUUCACUUCGACCCUACAACGAAGGAGAACUUGGUUUUUGACAGGCAUACUGGUGAACAAGUCGAGGGUGCCUCAGUAGACUCACGAGGUUUCAUACUUCUUCCCGAUGGUAAAUUGCAUCUAGAUCAGAACCAAGUAAAGCAUAGGUACAUUGUCCUACGGGAGACAACCGAUAAUAUCACAUUCGUAGUCGACACUAAAUCAGGCCAGAAAAUUGAUGGAGCAGUUGUUUUGGACAAUGGUCUCGUCAAGCUACCCGAUGGAAAUCUGGUUGCACCCAGCUCAAACACAAGCGCAAAUUACAUGGUGGUCGAAUUGACUGAGGGCGAAGAGAAUCCAGUAGUAUUCGAUCGCAGGACAGGUGAGCAAAUCCCAGAUGCUUACCUAGACAAGGAUGGUAUCAUACAUUUGCCGGAUGGAAGUUUGGCUAUCUCGGCAUCAGAAACUAUGGAUCGCUACCUUGUGGCACAAGAUAACCUGACAGGAGACCCUGUGAUGUUUGAUCGUCGCCUCGGAACAGAACUAGUAAAUGCCACGCUCCACCAUAAUGGAAUGAUCAAAUUAGCCACUGGACAGCUCGUAGCUCCCUCCUCUCGAGAAGGCUAUAAAUACAUGGUAGUCACAAAUGAAGACGACCAAACCCUUCUAGUUUACGAUCGUUUUACAGGAGAACAGAUCAAGGGUGCACAGGUUGAUCCCAAUGGUUUGAUUCAGUUUGAAGAUGGACGCAUGGCCAUCGAGCCAUCAUCCAAACUAGAUAGAUAUGUUAUAAUGACGGACCCAAACAACGGUGAAAAACUAGUUUUCGACAGACGAACAGGUAGUCAUAUCAAGGAUGCUGUGUACAGUGAAGAUGGGUUGAUUCGCUUUCCAGACGGUAGGCGCGUUGCACCAGGUUCCACUGAUAACAGCUCACAGUAUCUAAUUCACUUCGACCCUACAACGAAGGAGAACUUGGUUUUUGACAGGCAUACUGGUGAACAAGUCGAGGGUGCCUCAGUAGACUCACGAGGUUUCAUACUUCUUCCCGAUGGUAAAUUGCAUCUAGAUCAGAACCAAGUAAAGCAUAGGUACAUUGUCCUACGGGAGACAACCGAUAAUAUCACAUUCGUAGUCGACACUAAAUCAGGCCAGAAAAUUGAUGGAGCAGUUGUUUUGGACAAUGGUCUCGUCAAGCUACCCGAUGGAAAUCUGGUUGCACCCAGCUCAAACACAAGCGCAAAUUACAUGGUGGUCGAAUUGACUGAGGGCGAAGAGAAUCCAGUAGUAUUCGAUCGCAGGACAGGUGAGCAAAUCCCAGAUGCUUACCUAGACAAGGAUGGUAUCAUACAUUUGCCGGAUGGAAGUUUGGCUAUCUCGGCAUCAGAAACUAUGGAUCGCUACCUUGUGGCACAAGAUAACCUGACAGGAGACCCUGUGAUGUUUGAUCGUCGCCUCGGAACAGAACUAGUAAAUGCCACGCUCCACCAUAAUGGAAUGAUCAAAUUAGCCACUGGACAGCUCGUAGCUCCCUCCUCUCGAGAAGGCUAUAAAUACAUGGUAGUCACAAAUGAAGACGACCAAACCCUUCUAGUUUACGAUCGUUUUACAGGAGAACAGAUCAAGGGUGCACAGGUUGAUCCCAAUGGUUUGAUUCAGUUUGAAGAUGGACGCAUGGCCAUCGAGCCAUCAUCCAAACUAGAUAGAUAUGUUAUAAUGACGGACCCAAACAACGGUGAAAAACUAGUUUUCGACAGACGAACAGGUAGUCAUAUCAAGGAUGCUGUGUACAGUGAAGAUGGGUUGAUUCGCUUUCCAGACGGUAGGCGCGUUGCACCAGGUUCCACUGAUAACAGCUCACAGUAUCUAAUUCACUUCGACCCUACAACGAAGGAGAACUUGGUUUUUGACAGGCAUACUGGUGAACAAGUCGAGGGUGCCUCAGUAGACUCACGAGGUUUCAUACUUCUUCCCGAUGGUAAAUUGCAUCUAGAUCAGAACCAAGUAAAGCAUAGGUACAUUGUCCUACGGGAGACAACCGAUAAUAUCACAUUCGUAGUCGACACUAAAUCAGGCCAGAAAAUUGAUGGAGCAGUUGUUUUGGACAAUGGUCUCGUCAAGCUACCCGAUGGAAAUCUGGUUGCACCCAGCUCAAACACAAGCGCAAAUUACAUGGUGGUCGAAUUGACUGAGGGCGAAGAGAAUCCAGUAGUAUUCGAUCGCAGGACAGGUGAGCAAAUCCCAGAUGCUUACCUAGACAAGGAUGGUAUCAUACAUUUGCCGGAUGGAAGUUUGGCUAUCUCGGCAUCAGAAACUAUGGAUCGCUACCUUGUGGCACAAGAUAACCUGACAGGAGACCCUGUGAUGUUUGAUCGUCGCCUCGGAACAGAACUAGUAAAUGCCACGCUCCACCAUAAUGGAAUGAUCAAAUUAGCCACUGGACAGCUCGUAGCUCCCUCCUCUCGAGAAGGCUAUAAAUACAUGGUAGUCACAAAUGAAGACGACCAAACCCUUCUAGUUUACGAUCGUUUUACAGGAGAACAGAUCAAGGGUGCACAGGUUGAUCCCAAUGGUUUGAUUCAGUUUGAAGAUGGACGCAUGGCCAUCGAGCCAUCAUCCAAACUAGAUAGAUAUGUUAUAAUGACGGACCCAAACAACGGUGAAAAACUAGUUUUCGACAGACGAACAGGUAGUCAUAUCAAGGAUGCUGUGUACAGUGAAGAUGGGUUGAUUCGCUUUCCAGACGGUAGGCGCGUUGCACCAGGUUCCACUGAUAACAGCUCACAGUAUCUAAUUCACUUCGACCCUACAACGAAGGAGAACUUGGUUUUUGACAGGCAUACUGGUGAACAAGUCGAGGGUGCCUCAGUAGACUCACGAGGUUUCAUACUUCUUCCCGAUGGUAAAUUGCAUCUAGAUCAGAACCAAGUAAAGCAUAGGUACAUUGUCCUACGGGAGACAACCGAUAAUAUCACAUUCGUAGUCGACACUAAAUCAGGCCAGAAAAUUGAUGGAGCAGUUGUUUUGGACAAUGGUCUCGUCAAGCUACCCGAUGGAAAUCUGGUUGCACCCAGCUCAAACACAAGCGCAAAUUACAUGGUGGUCGAAUUGACUGAGGGCGAAGAGAAUCCAGUAGUAUUCGAUCGCAGGACAGGUGAGCAAAUCCCAGAUGCUUACCUAGACAAGGAUGGUAUCAUACAUUUGCCGGAUGGAAGUUUGGCUAUCUCGGCAUCAGAAACUAUGGAUCGCUACCUUGUGGCACAAGAUAACCUGACAGGAGACCCUGUGAUGUUUGAUCGUCGCCUCGGAACAGAACUAGUAAAUGCCACGCUCCACCAUAAUGGAAUGAUCAAAUUAGCCACUGGACAGCUCGUAGCUCCCUCCUCUCGAGAAGGCUAUAAAUACAUGGUAGUCACAAAUGAAGACGACCAAACCCUUCUAGUUUACGAUCGUUUUACAGGAGAACAGAUCAAGGGUGCACAGGUUGAUCCCAAUGGUUUGAUUCAGUUUGAAGAUGGACGCAUGGCCAUCGAGCCAUCAUCCAAACUAGAUAGAUAUGUUAUAAUGACGGACCCAAACAACGGUGAAAAACUAGUUUUCGACAGACGAACAGGUAGUCAUAUCAAGGAUGCUGUGUACAGUGAAGAUGGGUUGAUUCGCUUUCCAGACGGUAGGCGCGUUGCACCAGGUUCCACUGAUAACAGCUCACAGUAUCUAAUUCACUUCGACCCUACAACGAAGGAGAACUUGGUUUUUGACAGGCAUACUGGUGAGCAAGUUGAGGGUGCUUAUGUAGAUGAACUGAAUAUGAUACAUCUUCCUGACGGUGAUUUAUUUCUUCAGCCUGAUGUUCUAUAUCCUCGCUACAUGUCACUUUCUCGCAGCAAUGAUAAUUAUCCCGUGGUUUUGGAUUCUUCCACCGGUGAUAUUUUGAACGCAUCGUUUUUAGGUGGUUCUCUUUUCCGUGUAAAUGGUGGUGGAGUAAUCGCAGUCGGUAACUUAUCAGGUGGUCGUUUCGUUGUUUAUGAUGGUGUUGAUGUUGCAGUUCCACGUAUUUACGACACGUUGCUGGGUCACGCUGUACCAGGAGCUGUUCUUCGGCCUGAUGGUUGGAUUGAGUUUACGGAUGGCCUAGUCUUUCCUGUGCUUUCUUCUGUUCCUGUCGGUCAGCGCUAUUUUGUUUUUCGCAAUUCAUCCUCAGGGCAGGAAGUUGUUUAUGACGCUAUAUUAGGUUCAGCUGUUUCGGAUUCAUUUGUUGACGAAAACGGUCUCAUUCAUUUAACAAACGGAUCAAUUUUUAGUCCAAUCACUUAUAAUCACACUUCUUUUUUGUUUGACGAUCUUUCGGAACCUGCUUAUUCAUCAACACUGCGUGAACGUAAAAAUGCUUCUCUAUAUCAUAUUGUCUCAUUGAAUUCGACUACUAAAAUGCAACCUGAAGAAAUGGAUUUAAUUUCUUCUGAUAAAGUCGAAAAAAUAACGAACGGCAGCUCAUGUGAAUGUAUUGAAGAUUUAUUCCGACGAGGUCUUUUGAGAUUGAAAGGAGAAAAGGGAGAUCGUGGUGAUGCAGGACCUAUGGGACCUGAAGGACCCCCUGGAACCUGUCCUGCAACUUGUGGAUCGAAUCUAUCGACUGUUAUACAAGGACCUAAAGGUGAUCCCGGUCCUCCUGGAGUUUGUACCAUUGAUCAAUGCAAAGAAGCUGCAAUUCUCGGACCUCAAGGACCUCCAGGAGAAAAGGGAGAAAAAGGUGAUCCAGGAGAAGUAGAUCUUACAAAUGAUCAGUCGAUUUCAGUUAUUAAACAAGCCAUUCACGAUUUUAUAUUACAACCAGAAAUUCAAAACAAUUUCGUGGUCCAAAAGGUUAUGGUGCAAUGGUCUUGA